CCACUCAGUCAUACCUGAAGCAGGAAGUGAACGGACCCGGACGGAUCGUGUUUGCCUCGCCUAACAACUUGAGGAUAAAAGUAACAGACAAAAACAGGAGUAAACGGCAUAUCUUUAAACAUAUCUGUAAGUUACGGACAUUGUUUGGCGUUUAUGUUGGUUGGAGGAUCUGAUGCUCUGGUCGCUGUCCGAGCAGCAGGUUUGUCUCGUCUAAAUGUGAGCUGGAGCUGAAACUGGAACUCCUUUCGACAUGUUAUCGUCCCAGAAACAUCAACUGUCACACCUGCUUCUCGUAGUCCUGCUGCUCUGUGGCUGGACAGCAGACGCAGCUCAAAACGGGUCAGAGGUGGAGGCUGUGUCCUCCGUGUGGCUGGCCAGUGUGUCCUCCAGCAGGAACAUCGUGGCGAAGGAGGGGUCCAACACAGUCAUUGAGUGUAACGUGACCGGAGACCACAAUGACAUCAAGUGGUACAACUCUAAAGGACCUCUGCUGGGUGGGAAAUGGCAGAUUCAGGAGGAUGGCGGUCUGAACAUCACUGUGGUCUCCUUUAAGGACCGUGGUCGCUACACUUGCGUCGCCUCCAGCGGCUCCAAUAGUACCAAAAACUACACUGUCACUCUGCGUGUAGCCCACACCAACAGCGGCCUGGGCCUGUACUAUGUCAUUGUCUGCCUGGUGACCUUCACCAUCACCAUGAUCCUCAACGUGGCCCGGCUCUGCAUGGUCAGCAGCCACCUCAAGAAGACGGAGAAAGCCAUCAACGAGUUCUUUGGCACCGAGGGCGCAGAGAAGCUGCAGAGGGCAUUUGAGGUCGCCAAGCGGAUUCCCAUUAUCACAUCGGCCAAGACGCUGGAGCUUGCCAAGGUCACGCAGUACAAGACCAUGGAGUUCGCCCGUCACAUGGAAGAGCUGGCACGGAGUGUUCCUCUGCCGCCACUUAUCCUAAACUGCCGCACAUUCGGCGUGGACGUUGCGGAAACAAACCGGGGGCCUCAAUCUGCAGAGCAGGGAGAGACAUCGAUGACUGGCAAUAGACAAGCUAUAGGCCCGCCCUUCUCCAUUAGAAAUGGAGAGGAGGAGCAGGUGUGUCAGGCGCUGCUGUCAACUGAAAGACAAGUGAGCGAUGGACGUGGCGUUGACACCAAAGUGUCAGUCCACACGCUAUCUGAGACGGUCGCCAGUGAGGAUAAGGAGGCUGAGAUGUGUCUCCAUGUGCAAGCACCAGGCUCCCGGAAAAGUGUGUCUUAUGAGAGCAACAUAUAGCAUGUCUCACUCUGAAUCCCAUCAGACGAAAAAUAUAUAAGUGUCUAAUGAUAAAUAUUUAGAAAGGAAGCAGAAAAUUGUGGGGUUGGUUAUCGUUUAGAUUUUAGCGAUUCUGUUUCUGCUUAUGGAUUCUUGUUCUUAUUGAAUCCUUGCUCCUUAUCUUGUCCCACGAUUUGAGGAAGAAAAUAAACCAAAUCAUGUUGAAAGAAAAGGCCAGCUUUCUUUUCAAGGUGUUAAACAGUCCCAAUUCACAGUGUACUUUGUGAUUAUUUUUGUUCAAAAGGCAAAAUAAAGGAAAAUAUUAAUAUUCUAUCUUGCCAUGUA